UUUUCNUUAUCUCUAACUCCAAACCACGUCGUGUGAGCAUCUGUCAAAGAUGAUUACCGACAAUCCGUUGGAGCACGACGUGCCCCAUUUCGUCGCCACCGUGUUUCAAGACAACCCAACCGGCUGGGGUCCUUGUGAAGUACCAGAUCAGUUUAAAGACAUACCUUAUCAGCCCUUCAGCAAAGGGGAUCGUCUAGGAAAAAUCAGCGAUUGGACCGGAGCCGCUUUUCAAGAUAAAAAAUACGCGAGUAAAUAUGCUUCUCAGUUUGGUUCUGGCAGUCAAUAUGCUUAUUACCAUGAUGAAGAUGAAAGCACUUUUCAUUUGGUUGAUACAACCCGUGUUCAAAAGCCGCCUUAUCAAAGAGGACGUUUCCGUCCUAAUCAAAGAAAUAUGAGAGGUCGUGGAGGAAGGGCCGGACAACAAUCAGGCAUGCAAGCUUUAGGAAAAGGCUUGAAAAGCCGUGAGAGGGAUCGUAAGGGACAAAUUAAAAAAUGGGGUCAAGGAAGACCUCAAAUUAAAAUUCGAGAUGCUUCGGUGACUGUUCGUCCUGAUUGGUCAACAAUCGAAGAGAUGGAUUUUCCACGGCUUGGGAAAUUAUCUUUACCAAAUAUAAAAGAUGGAGAAGAUGUGGGUUGUUAUGGUGAAUUGGAGUUCUAUGAUAAAUCCUAUGAUAGAGUCAAUGUUAAAAGUGAAAAACCAUUGCAAAGUGUUAAUCGAAUCUUUCAUACAGUUACCACAACUGAUGACCCAGUUAUACGUCAACUAAGUAAAACUGAGGGUAAUGUUUAUGCCACUGAUGCAAUUUUAGCAACAAUUAUGUGUUGUACUCGCUCAAAUUACUCUUGGGAUAUUGUAAUUGAAAAAAUUGGUAAUAAGUUGUUUUUUGAUAAACGUGACAACACCGAGUUUGAUCUAUUGACUGUAAAUGAAACUUCUGUUGAGCCACCUCAAGAUGAUGGAAACUCAUUAAAUUCGCCUCGAAAUCUUGCUUUGGAAGCGACGUUUAUUAAUCAUAAUUUCAGUCAACAGGUAAUAUUAAUAAUAUUAAGUUAAGGGGUAAUACUACCU